ACAGAUCACUUCCAUCGAGCAAUUGUACUUGUUCGCCAUCCCCAUCAAGGAAUACCAGAUCAUUGAGAAUCUACUACCCAAGGCCGCUCUUAAGGACGAAGUUCUUAAGAUUAUGCCUGUGCAGAAGCAGACAUCUGCCGGACAACGUACCCGCUUCAAAGCGUUCGUUGUCAUUGGUGACAGUGACGGACAUCUAGGUCUAGGAGUCAAGUGCUCCAAGGAAGUUGCUACUGCCAUCCGUGGUGCCAUCAACCUGGCCAAGCUAUCCAUCAUCCCCGUGCGUCGUGGAUUCUGGGGUAACAAGAUCGGAGACCCCCACACCGUACCCAUGAAGGUGACCGGUAAGUGUGGUUCCGUUCGCGUGCGUCUCAUCCCUGCCCCCAAGGGUACCGGAAUCGUCGCGGCUGGAACACCCAAGAAGCUGCUGCAGCUUGCCGGUGUCCAGGAUUGCUACACCUCUGCGUGUGGAUCCACCCGCACCAUGGGCAAUUUCGCCAAGGCUACCUAUCAGGCCAUCCAGCGCACAUACACAUAUCUUUCACCGGAUAUGUGGCCUGAGACCACCCACUCCAAGGAUGUGUACCAGGAGCACACCGACUUCUUGGCUAAGGCUCCCCGCGCCAACAAGGCUAUGGCUUAAAUAUUAGAUGGUGCCGUAUAGAUACUGUGGUCUAUUUUGUCCAAACGUAUAAGGACGUGCUAGACCGGGGUAAUAAACUAUUAUACUAUCACAAUAAUAUUGCGACGGUUGGGA